AUGGUAAAGGUCUCACCAAGUCUCCUCGUUAGGUCAACCUCUCGACUGUGCAAGAGACGUGAAAAUGAGCCGUUAAAUGAAUUUUUAGGCCGAAUGACCCACCUAUAUAUGGAUAAUAAAGACAUUGACGAAGUGGUAAGCAAACAAAAGACAAGGUCACAUCUUUUUCUAACAAAGGGGGACGCACUCAUCUUCUGUAAAAGCCUUGAAGUUUUAUAUUUAUAUGAAAACCACCUCACAGAGUUUCCGGAGUUACCACUGAGCCCAAACCUAACGCACUUAUACUUGCAACACAAUGACAUUACUGAAAUCCGCCACCUCGAGAAGCUUGUUAACUUGGAAAAACUUGCAAACAAGAUCUCGGUUCUUGAGGGCCUGGAGUCGCAAGAAAAGUUAUCUGAUCUAAAAGUGGACCACCAACGCCUUCCCCCCGGCGAAGGCAUGAUUUUAGACGACCUGAGCCUUAAAACAUUGCAGGCAAGAUCAAAUAUCUCUGGCUCAGGUGUUAACAGUCUAAUCGGAUUAGAGUACUUUGAUAAUUUGGAGCGUCUAGACGUUGAAUCCAACCAGCUUGCGGACGCUAAUGAAGUCCUCUCCGUACUUACAACGAUGGGACACCUAAAGGAGUUAAACAUAUCGCACAACCCAAUAAUGAAUGAACCACGGAUACGUGACAGAAUUAUCGUUGCGAUAGGAUCUCUGGAGUUCCUAAAUGGCAAGGAGAUAUCCAACUCAAAUAGGCAGUUUGUCACAUCUUGGUCUGCGUACAAAACGAAUUCGGAGCAUGAUAAUCAGAAACACUGA